AACGAGGCGACGGCUGUUUCUUCGCCCUUGUUCGCUGAGUGAGGGCCUGGCGGUUUACUGAAAGGUUGUGAAGAAGCCGCCAGUGACUGUAACACAGGCGAGUUACAGCGGCGGAGAACGCGUCGCCUGCAUCGUGUUAUGUAAGUUUAAUUGCAGGUGUCUCAUUCAUACCAGUUAAAGUUGGAUUCUGCAUCCAGCUAUGAGUGCUCCAAACUCACAGGAGAGGCGAGCCUGCUGGAGCGCUCGAGAUGAAUAUUGGAAGUGCCUGGACUGCAACCAGAACGAUGUCACCACUUGUGAGAAAUAUAAGAAAGAGUUUGAGAUGAAUUGCCCUGCUCAGUGGGUGACGUACUUUAACAAACGAAGAGACUUUCUGAAGUACAAGGAGAAGAUUGAGAAAGAGGGAUAUGUACCUGCUGAGGGGGCACCAAAAUUAUAGGACAUAGGAAUCGACACUGGAGCCUGGAUUUUUUCAGCUGUGGUCUCUGACUGCAGUACCUUCAGAAGGCGUAUACGGCAUGCGCGUCCUAAGUCGGUAUGCGGAAAGCCGUGGCACCACUUCAUAAAUCAGUGACUCUGUUAGAUGCUGACACAGUGGUGUGUGACUUAUGCAAAGAUAAAGCCUUAAGGAUUUAGAAAGAUGGAAAGGCAGAGGCUCUAGCAAUGAACAUGCUGUGAACGCCCUAUAUCGUUAUUGAUAUAGGGUGUGAUCAAACACAGACAAAACUUGUUAUUAUUUUAUUUUGGUUUUGUAUUGAAAAUAAAUGGAAUAUUUUACAGAGAUUCAGUAGUGA